AUGAGAACUGAAAUGUUUAUUUUGUUAGCUAUUUUCUUGACAACUCAGAUAUGUUCAAGUUCUUUGAUUGACAAUUCCUAUCAGAGAUAUUGUCGGACAAACAUUCAUGGAGACCAGAAUUGUUACUUCACGGUAGCUUAUUGGUUCAAUUUUGUAAAUUUUCGUCAGUGGCUUGAAAAACUUCCAGAUCCACUUGGUGAUGUGUCAUUAAACAUAUACUGUUUCGAUGGAGCCCAUAUCUAUAUGCCUUUUCCAUUCCGGGCCAGAAAUCUCAAGAAGCUUCAUGUAAAGAACUGUCUGAUCAGAAGCUUCAUGUCUGAAUGGAACUCUACAUCGCAAUAUCCCGAUACCAUAGAGGAGCAAGAGAUAGAAAAUUCUGAAUUUGAAGUUGACUAUCAAACGAUGCAAGAAGUCAUCAGCAGCACUCUCAAUAAAAAGAAUGACUGUGGGCAGAAGACACUCAUAAAACUGGCUUUGAAAAAUAAUACAUACAAACCUGUAGUCAAGGAUCCAAAUGUGUCUCUGAAAUCCCUGGCUGAUUCCUUCGAGGCUUUUCAGGAUAGGAUGAAAUCUGCAGAUUAUUUGUGUAGCUACAAAAAUCUUGAUUACUUGGAACGUUCAGGUGAAUCACCACUAAGUAAAACAUACAUGAAAACUUUGACUGACAAAUCGCAUUACCCAAGGUUAAAGACCAUCAGAAUGAUGUCAAAUCAGAUUGUGAAUUUUCCCGAACAAUUUAAAAGAUGGUGGGAAUAUUUCCCUACACUACGUCAACUUGACCUAUCCAACAACUCGUUACAGAAUUUUUCAUUUAAUAUUCCAAUGAAAACUAUGACAAACCUCGUACCUUUAUUUGUAAAUCUAAGACAAAAUAACAUAAAAAGUGUCCCUUCAGACAUUGGCAAGUAUUUAUCACAAUCACCCAUAAUCUUAGAUGUGCGAGAAAACCCUAUCGAAUGUGAUUGCAACGCAGAGAAACUAGGUCAUUAUCUACGAGCUGUCCGACGACGUUAUCCUUUAUACAAACAUUUCACCGAAGUUGUGUGCAAAUCACCCAGACAAGUGAAAAAUAUCAAACUUAUUUAUAUUAACUAUGAAAAAUGUUCUCAAACUGCGCAAAUUUAA